GUGCUUUUGUUGUUCGAUCCAAGACAUGCAGAGACGCUGAAAUGACUCCUAAUCUUUUUCCCCAACCUGGGUGAACAUUUUCCAUCUUGUAAUUGGGUUCGCUCUAACCGAAAGCGUACAUGGGGCGGAACUCAUCGCGGCGCUGGUGAAAGUGGCGUACGUGGGCCGUGUGUCCAGGUUGGAGCGGAAGGAAUUACAGGCACUGGGAAGGCGAAGACAAGGGGGAAUCUGCGCCAAGAUGCUCCGCUCAAACUGGGCCGUAACUCCGCUUAGUAGCUGUGUUCGGAGCCGGGAUAGUGUCAGCAUUUCUUCAAAUCGUGCUUCUGCUUGACUGACCUCCAGUUGCGGCGACAGCCGAAGAGUGAAAGUGGGAACGUUCGAAGCGAGUUAGCCACGUAGCUCCGUCGGAGCUACUCCUGCGGGAAGACAAUUUAAAAUGGCGGAAGGCUGGCCCAUUCCCUCUGCUUUCGCCUUCGUGCUUCUCACUGCGAGUGCCUGGGGCCUGGAGUCGUGUUCGGCUCCUUGCUCCUGCUCCGCGGGUCCGGACGAGCUCCGAGUUCUGGACUGCAACAGGAGACGACUCUCGACGGCUCCCUCGGACCUACCGGAGGGGAUAAGCCAAGUCUCAAUGAACCACAAUGAACUAAGUGCUCUCCCCUUCCUUGGAGAAGCCUCUGCCAACAUCACAUCCCUAUCAUUAAUACACAACCGCAUCUCGGAGCUCUUGAUGCAUCAGCUGCUGCCGUACGAGUCCCUGGAGACGCUGGACCUGACGUCCAACUCCCUUUCUGAGCUCAGGGCGGGAAGUUUCCCCUCCAUGGAGCUAAAAUAUCUGAAUUUAAGUAAUAACAAGAUCAGCAUCCUGGAGCCAGGCUGCUUUGACAACAUCUCCAGCUCUCUGCUGGUGUUGAAGCUCAACAGGAACAGGUUGACCGUGCUGCCAUCCAAAGUCUUCAAGCUUCCCAGUCUGCAGUUUCUCGAAAUGAAGCGUAACAAGAUCAAGAUCGUGGACAGCCUGACGUUCAAAGGGAUGGACUCGCUGCGGUCGCUGAAGUUGCAACGAAAUGGCAUCACCAAGCUUAUGGAUGGAGCCUUUUUUGGACUCAUCAGCAUGGAAGAUCUAGAGCUGGAGCACAAUAACCUAACGGAGGUGAACAAAGGUUGGCUGUAUGGCCUGCGCAUGCUGCGUAUCUUGCGAGUGAGCCAGAACGCCGUGGGCAUAAUCCGACCAGAUGCUUGGGAGUUUUGCCAAAAGCUGGAGGAGCUAGACCUGUCCUUCAAUCAUCUGACCAGACUGGAGGAGACUGCUUUUGUGGGAUUAGGUCUCCUGCAGAGCCUGAACCUUGGCGAGAACUCUAUCAGCCACGUGGGAGAGCGGGUGUUCAGUAGCCUGGCCAAUCUGCGCACGCUCGACAUCCACAAUAAUGAAAUUUCUUGGGCCAUUGAAGACUCCAUCUGUGUGUUUGAUGGAAUGAAAAAGCUGAACACACUGAUCUUACAGCAGAACAAAAUCAAGUCAAUCACAAAGAAAGCCUUCGAGGGUCUGGAUGAGUUGGAGCACCUGGACCUCGAUAGGAAUGACAUCAUGUCGAUAGACCCUGAGGCAUUGCUGCAUACAAAGCUCAAAGUGUUCAUCCUCAAUACAAGCAGCCUGCUGUGCGACUGCCACAUGCAGUGGCUCAGACCCUGGCUCACUAACAGCCACUUCCUUCAUUCCGUGUCUGCCUUCUGCGCCCACCCGGCCGUCCUGCUCGGUCAUGAUGUCCUUUCCGUCAGCCCCGAAGACUUUGUUUGUGAUGACUUCCCCAAGCCUCAGAUCACCACUCAUCCCGAAACAUCAGUGGCGCUGCGCAGCAACAACGUGACCCUGACCUGUGUGGCGUCGAGCAGCAGCGACUCGCCCAUGAGCACGGCAUGGCGGAAGGACGGUGAAGUGCUUUACGACGCCGUGGUGCAAAAUUAUGCCCGUUACCAGGAGGGUGAGCUGAUCUACACCACCGUGCUGCACCUCCUCAACGUCAACUUCACUGACGAGGGCCGCUACCAGUGCGUGGUGUCUAACCACUUUGGUGCCAACUACUCCAACAGGGCCAAGCUUACUGUUAACGAGCUGCCGUCCUUCCUCAAGACCCCCAUGGAUCUCACCAUCCGGACAGGCACCAUGGCCAGGCUAGAGUGUGCCGCCGAAGGCCACCCCUUGCCACAGAUCGCUUGGCAAAAGGACGGCGGAACCGACUUCCCGGCUGCCCGUGAGCGCAGGAUGCACGUAAUGCCGGACGACGACAUCUUCUUCAUUGCCAAUGUGAAGACUGAGGACAUGGGCGUUUACAGCUGCACGGCGCAGAACGCGGCGGGCAGCUUGUCUACUAACGCCACGCUGACAGUCCUGGAAACUCCUUCGUUUAUGCGGCCCCUGGAGGACAGAACCGUUGCGAGAGGUGAAACUGCUGUGCUUCAGUGCAUAGCUGGAGGCAGCCCCGCCCCACGCUUGAACUGGACCAAAGACGACGGGCCCCUGGUACUCACGGAGCGCCACUUCUUCGCCGCCGCCAACCAGCUCCUGAUUAUAGUCGACGCCGGCCCCAGUGACGCCGGGAAGUAUACCUGCAUCAUGUCCAACACGCUGGGAACCGAGCGCGGCCACAUCUACCUGGGCGUUUCGCCAUCGCCCAACUGCGACAGCGGCGCAGGGUACGACCAGGACGGCUGGACCACCGUGGGCAUCGUGGUGAUCGUGGUGGUGUGCUGCGUGGUCGGGACCUCACUGGUGUGGGUCAUUGUCAUCUAUCACAUGCGCAGGAAGAGUGAAGACUACAGCAUCAGCAACACAGAUGAAAUGAAUUUACCGCCGGACAUCCCCAGCUACCUCUCUUCUCAGGGGACUUUGUCAGAACCUCCGGAAGGCUACAGCAACUCUGAGGCGGGCAGCCACCAGCAACUCAUGCCGCCGCUCUCCAACGGCUACGUGCACAAGGGCACAGACAGCGUGUGCUACGGAGACAUAGGCAGCGAGGUGGAAACGGAAGGUAACGGACGGCUUCACUGCCGGGUGGGCCCUCUGUUCACGGGCCGUAGCGGCUUUCAGCCCGGGGAGGCUCGUGACGGACUAGCUGGAGCCCCCUCAGGCGCCGUAGGCCCGUUGGUCAUCUGCUCCGACUGCUACGACAACGCCAACAUCUACUCUCGCACGCGGGACUACUGCCCUUACGCCUACCUGGCCGAGGACGACGCAGCGGACAAAGACCUGCCGGGUUUUAAGGAGAACUUCGGUGAGCGCACUCGGAGAGAGGAAACCGCCCCGGGGCGCUUCAUUGACAAACAGGACUCGGAGAGACCGAGCAGCCGCACUUCAAUGGAAGACUGUGCGACCGACUUGCUCAGCAACUCCGUGUGGGGCGAAAGGCUAAACUCAAAGCCCCAAGCGGGCGCCGCCACUCACAGGACACUUCAUCCGGCGGGGGAUACGGCGGCCAGCACGCAGAAGCACAGACUACACCCCAAAAGGACUAAUCCUCAGAAGCAUCCAGUACCCACAUAGAACAUGCCCUCCCUGCCUGAGCCCAUCCUGCACCCACUACCUCCUUCAGCACUCUGCCAAAGAUUCUCUCUUGGAGUGUUUACGCAUGGCUCGCCUCUCACUGAACUAAAGCGACCUCCUUCCCGUCACUCCCGCAGACGCCGUGAAUGUAAGCUUUGGAGGAACUUUUUUGUUUGUUUGUUUUUGUGUGUGCCAUGACGGGAGCACCCUCGAGAUAUCGCCAACCACUCAACAAGCAGCGAGAGGUCGCGAACUGAAGACUGCGCAGAGACAGUGAUGCCACAAUGCGGUGUGUAUUCCUUUAGGUAUGAAUAUAUCCUCAUCCUUACGCAAUCAUCCAGCCUUCCUUUUAUAAGCAGUUUAUGGAGCGGGAGGACUUUUUUUUUUUUUUUGGGUGCGCGUGUGUGACAAUCAUGUUUUUUUAUUACAGUGUCACCUCCAUUGAGGCGACACGCACUGACCCGUUUUCCCUUCACCGCUCACAGGCACUUAAUUUAACGGUGAUAUUUUAUUAUUACUGAACCCAUGAUCCUCCUGCAGAGAAAAGGUGUUGGCACUGUGAAAAAAAGAGUGUAGAAUGUAUUGUUUUAUACCACGUAUGUUAUGUACAGGCUAGUAGUCUAUUAGCUGACGUUUUACACUUUGUCUCCUGUCUAAAAAAAUAUUUGGUACUCGUCAUUUUACCGAGAAUGUUUCUGGUGAGAAAUGCAGUGGAACCCUUAAAGUUCAAAACCGUUUAACCAUACAGGCAAGGUUUUAAGUAACAUUCCCGUCAUGCGCGUGUGAAGAGAACAUAACCACUAGUGUCAUAAGAAAAAUUAUCUAAACCUACUCUCCUGUAAUGGAGAGGGAACAAGGUGUUUACUGAGCCAUAUGGUAUACCUAGUAUAUAAUAAUAAUUUGUUCGUAUUUUCUUAAGUCGGAUUUCAUCCUCAAAAAAAUUUCUCGUCACAACAAAAUCAACAAGCAAUCCAAAGAAAAAGUAAACUACAGAUUGUGGUUGAUAUUGUAUCGUAUAUGCUGUUGUGGAACGUCAAAUGCUUUAAGUAACGUUUUGACAUUGCUCAACUGUCUUACAAGUCUUUCGCCUCAUAGCAUAGUUGCCUAAGUCACAUUUAAACAGGGAAACAAAAAAAAAAGUGCCAUUAGCAAGCACAUUGGCAUUUUUAUUAUUGAUAUUGUGGCAGUAAAUUAGAAUGAGUGUUUUAAAUUGCCAUAAGUGGAUAAAUAAAGAUUAAAUAAUAAUAAGAAAAAAAAGUUAAAACUGACUGGUAAUUUUAGGUUAAUGAUAUAAAAAAUGCUGACAAUUGUUUUCCCGAAAACGUUCAAACGUGACUUAGGCUAACAAAUAAGAAGUUAAGCACCAUAUAAUAAAAUGCAGAGAGACUUUUGUCCCGCUUUGAAAAUAUUCUUCCAACUCUAAAUUGUCUGACGUUACUCUCACUUCAUGUCGAAUGCAGCAUGCACAGCUGAAAUGAUCAUGUCCUCUUUUACAUCACCUUCUUGCACUUGGAUUUUGUUUCUCCGUUUCCGACAUUGCACACAUUGCUCAUUGUUGUUUUGCCAUAAAUCGGUUACUGUCAUUAAAAAUGGAGACCCUCUCAGGUCAUUCCAUUGCUUGUUUAUGUAAGCAGUCAAACCUCCGAAGCCUUAUUCAUUUACUUUUCUAUUACUUCUGAAUUUAGACAUUUCAGAUUUCCAAUGUCAUUUUUGUUCUAGUUUGACCCAUGUGUUAUCUUAUACAAGUUAGCUUGAAGCAGCCACAUGACAUUACUGUACAUGUCCAAGUGAUGUACUGUACAUUACAUUUGUUAUUUCAAGGCCACUUUUUGUUUCCCUCAAUACCAAAGUUUACCAGUACAGUAAAAAGAAAAAAAAGAAUGCUCUGGCAAUAUUCUGUGCUGCUUUUUUGUUGUUGUAUUCUUGAAGUUUAUUUCCAAUUCUAUUUUUGGACCUUGUACAUUGUGUAAAGCAUGUUUAAUUAAAAAAAAAAACAAUAGCCUUUUGUUACAUAGCUAUUAUUAUAGACAAUAAACAGUGUUCUACGC